AUGUUGAUUUUAUCUGUUUUUUGUGCAGUAUUUUAUGCCUUUCUUACAGCAAUUGUUGCCAACUUUUCAUUAAAAACAUUAGCAAUUGGUGCAACAUUUGUAAAAAGUCACCUUAAAAGUAAUCCAAUUCCAUAUGGUGAUUUAGUAGCAGAUUCUCUUGAUUUUGGUAAUAUCACACCAACUGUGACCUUACUUUUUGCUAUCCUUAUUGCAGUUUUGGCUUUGAAGUGUGAAUUUUCUUGUUCAACAUCUGCUCCUGCUGGUCAAGCAUCUGGUAGAAAAGUUAAAUAA